GCGGUACUGGAGCGCGGCUGUGGCCGGCCGCUGGGUCCGGACGGCGAGCAUGUAGCUGCCGGGGCUGGCCGGGCCGGGCCGCUCGCGGCGACAUGGACGAGGAGGGCAAGAAGGGCAAGAAGAGGGCGUCUGCCGGCAGCCAGGUCGGGAGGAACCGCCCGGACAGACUCUCCAGGCGCCUUCCAUGGAGAGCGAGCCUGGGAUCGUGUCGCCGUUCAAACGUGUGUUCCUCAAAGGGGAGAAGAGCCGGGACAAGAAGGCGCACGAGAAGGUGACGGAGCGGCGGCCCCUGCACACGGUGGUGCUGGCCCUGCCGGAGCGCGUGGAGCCCGACCGGCUGCUGAGCGACUACAUCGAGAAGGAGGUGAAGUACUUAGGUCAGCUGACGUCCAUACCAGGAUACCUGAAUCCCUCGAGCAGGACGGAAAUCCUGCACUUCAUAGACAAUGCCAAGAGAGCCCACCUGCUUCCUGGCCACUUGACCUCGGAGCACGAUGCUGUGAUCAGCCUGUCUGCCUACAACGUCAAGCUGGCCUGGAGGGACGGUGAGGAUACCAUCCUCAGGGUCCCCAUCCACGACAUCGCAGCUGUGUCCUAUGUGCGGGACGACGCCUCGCACCUGGUGGUCUUGAAGACAGCUCAGGGCCCCGGCAUCUCGCCCAGCCAGAGCCUGUGUGCAGAAGGUUCCAGAGGCCUCUCGGCCGGCUCCCUGUCGGAGAGUGGAGUGGGGCCCGUGGAGGCGUGCUGCCUGGUGAUCCUAGCGACUGAGAGCAAGGUGGCCGCAGAGGAGCUGUGCUCCCUGCUCGGGCAGGUCUUCCAGGUGGUCUACACGGAGUCCACCAUCGACUUCCUGGACAGAGCCAUAUUCGACGGCGCCUCCACACCCACCCGCCACCUUUCCCUGCACAGUGAUGACUCCUCCACCAAAGUGGACAUGAAGGAACCCUACGAGAUGGAUGCCAGCACUUUUGCCUUCCCCGAAUGUGUGCACCCAGGCGGCGUGUCUCCCUUCAGCAUGCCGGCAUCUCCCCAUGCCAAGACGGCCAGCGAGAGUGAGCUGAGUGCCAGCGCAGCCGAGCUGCUGCAGGACUACAUGCUGACACUGCGCACCAAGCUCUCGUCCCAGGAGAUCCAGCAGUUCGCGGCGCUGCUGCACGAGUACCGGGACGGGGCGUCCGUGCACGAGUUUUGCAUCAAUCUGCGGCAGCUCUACGGCGACAGCCGCAAGUUCCUGCUGCUCGGUCUGCGGCCCUUCAUCCCCGAGAAAGACAGCCAGCACUUUGAGAACUUCCUGGAGACCAUCGGCGUCAAGGACGGCCGUGGCAUCAUCACCGACAGCUUCGGUCGGUACCGGCGGGCCAUGAGCUCCGCCUCUGCCUCCAACGGCAGCAGGGCAGCUGGGAGUUCUGAUGACCAGUCUGCACCCUCUGAGGGCGACGAGUGGGACCGCAUGAUCUCAGACAUCAGCAACGACAUCGAGGCACUGGGCUGCAGCAUGGACCAGGACUCGGCGUGACAUCCUGCAGCCCUGGUGGCCCUCAGCACACAGCCUCUACUGUGAAGGAGCGUCGCGGGGCACGGCGGUGGCCUGCCACCCGCAGGGUCUGGACAUGGACUGGGCCAUGCUCCGUUUUGCACAUGACAUUCCUCUUGCAGCUCUCAGAGACCGUAAAUGCGUUUACAGCAAUGUGAAUCCAUCUCCUCUCUGAUGCCGGGGAGAGGCGGGUGGUGGGGCUCUUGCUCCUUGCACGUGGGGCCCUGGGACGGGCGAGCUGUGUCCCAGGCAUGUGGCCAGAACCCCCAGUCCAGGCCCCGGCCCUCGUUCCAGGUUUGCCCACCGCCCAGUGGUCUCCAGAGCUGACCCUGACCCCGAGCGUCACCGGACCAUCCACCUCAUCACCCCAGUUUCUCAACUUAGGGUUCCCCAAGCGUGGUGCCUCUCUGGGUGGGAAUGGGGGUGCAGGGCUGAGAAAGGUCAGGGGCCGGGCCAGGAUCCCCGAAGUCACCCCACCCCCGGGGCAGCUGUACCCCUGACCAUGACAGUGCUGUGAGGAGCAACCAAGGGCCCUGAGCGUGAGGCGGGAUGCCCUUGGCUGGCCAGUCAGACUCUGCUCUGGCAACCUGGCUGCAGGAAAGCCGGUCGGGCUGGGAAAGCCAAGAUACGUGCGAGGUGUGGAGGGCGAGGGUCUGAGCCAGGAGGCUCCUGAUCAUGCAUGCUUCCUGCAGGCAUCUGGGACCGCAGGGCAGCUGCAGGUCCGGGGGCUGGCCCUCUCAAACCCAACUGAGCUGGCCACAGGUGGGGGACUCUGUCCUGUGAAUGGUCAGUACUGCUUUCUCCUGGGCCGGAGAGUUAGUACAGUUGGGAGGGACGGGGGCGGGCAUUUGCCUUGCAUGUUGCCAAUAAGUGUGAUCCCUGGCACCACUGGGAGUAAAUCCUGAGUACAGAGCCAGGAGUGACCUCUGAGCAUGGCCCAGUGUGGCCCCAAACGAAAAUAAAACAAGAGCCUAGUUUUUCC